AUGCAUUCAGAGAUUUCGAAAUUUGAGCAAAACGAUCAGAUCCUCUCAAAUGUGGCCAACGAGACGGAUAAGGUGCCCAACGGGGAUCCAUGUAAUUAUUCGUGGGUAUGGAUUGGCUAUGUUGGGACGGGAGAGCUCGGGAAUGGAACUCGCGACUCGUAUUGGACUGAUGAGUCCCCAGUGGACUACAUUGGAAUUCCCGAGAGAGGCCCGGGGAACGCGUCGUCGCUUUGGAUGAUGGUCAACGAUCCGUCGUGCUCAAUGAAGGGUUGGAGCUGGGGAGGUGCAUGGGACAGAACUGGACGUUUCGUUUGCAAAGAGGAAAUGGAGAGAAGACGAGAAGAGUUGGAUGAGAAGGCCGAG